UCUUGCUGUCGCCCACACCACGCCAAGCAACAUGAGCAGCCCGCCCCCUGCCCCAACUCCCACCUCGACGACACCAGGCCCCGGCCCCUCCGCCGCGGCAUUCAAGCGCCGCCCCGAACGCGCAUACACCGGCCCAACGGAACACGGGGCGCUGGGGCCGCGCGCCGGCGCCGGCGCGGCGGAGGCAGAACGAUACUUUGCCGAGCUGCCCGAGGCGGCGCAGCCGAUCAUGCCGCGCACGGCGCGCGCGUUGGGGAUUGGCAGUUGGGUCGUUGGCGGCGUCGCGUGCGCGUACAUGAUCUUGUACGCCGACUACGGGGCGCACGAGCACGUCUUCAGUCCUAUCCGCCGCGCGUUCCACGCGUACACCGCCGACAUGUUUACGCUGUCCAAGAGCGAACGGGGGAUGCUGGGGCUCGACGAGCCGCCGAAGGCGCAGGCGCUGGCUGCGGGGGCGGCGCGGGCGCCACUACCUUCAUCUGCACCUGCGCCGGCGGCUGCACCAGAAGCGCCGCCGGCGAAGGGGCGGUCGUGGUGGAAGAUUUGGUAGCAGCUCUGGUACAUGGCAUAGAUGCAUAGAUUCGUUCCCCUGC